AUGGACAAGGACAACAAAGAACUUAAGGAGCAGUACGCGCUGCACGUGACUCCCGCGACCUCUGCGUCCUGGUCGCAACCGCCCGACAGCAAAAAGCGCGACACGGAGCACGUGGAGUUUGUACCCACCGACGCCGACGAUGACGACGGAGAGGCCGACAGCUCGCUUGCGGGGCUGGGCGCCGGCCAAGGAAUGCACGGCAAGCUCGCUACCGACGAGCUGGUGGCGCGCUUUCUGGGCGCGUCCGAAGACGCGCAAGCGUCUGAGGGCGCUGAAAAAAGCAUGUCCCUGCUGGAGGGUCUGCGUCAGUAUCCGCGCGCUGCGCUCUGGUCUGUGGUGCUCUCCACAGCCCUUAUUAUGGAGGGCUACGAUACCGCGUUGCUUCAAUCCCUGUACGCACUGCCCGCAUUCGCGAAGAGGUACGGGUUUUUCAACCCCAACUCCGGCGUCUACGAGGUGCCUGCGCGGUGGCAAACCGCGCUCAGCAUGUCCACCAACGUUGGAGAGGUCAUCGGCUUGCAGCUUGCCGGUAUAGCCGCGGAGCGCAUCGGCUACCGGUGGACGCUGAUCUCGUCGCUGAUCGGGGUGUUUGGGUUUAUAUUCAUCCUCUUCUUUGCGCCCAACUGUGGCGCACUUCUCGCGGGAGAAGUGCUCUGCGGCAUUCCCUGGGGCUGCUUCCAAACGCUUACCGUGACAUACGCGACCGAAGUGUGCCCGCUCGUGCUGCGGUUCUAUCUGACUACCUGGGUCAACAUCUGUUGGGUUCUGGGCCAGAUCAUGGCUUCAGGGGUGCUAAAACACUCACAGGAGAACCUGGCCAACAGCGCCAUGGCAUACAGACUCCCCUUCGCACUACAGUGGAUCUGGCCCCUCCCGCUCGCUCUGGGCAUUUACUUUGCGCCCGAGUCUCCCUGGUGGCAGGUGCGUAAAGAACGAUACACAGCCGCGGAACGCAGUCUGUCAAGGCUUAUUUCUAACGUAGACGGAGAAACCAAGACGCACGUGAUCAAAGCCAUGCUCGAGCGCAUGCGGCUCACUACGGAAAAAGAGCGUAAACUCAACGAGGGUGUCAGUUACUGGGACUGUCUGAAGGGCGUCAACGGACGGCGCACGCGGAUCGCGUGUCUCACUUGGGUCACGCAGAACGCGUGUGGUAGCGCGAUGAUGGGGUUCUCCACGUAUUUCUACGAAAAAGCAGGUCUCAGCGACUCGUACGCAUUUAACUUCACAAUCAUCCAGUACUGCUUGGGUCUCGUCGGUACGCUGCUGUCGUGGGUGCUUUCCAAGCGGUUUGGCCGGUACACGAUUUUCGCGGGCGGUCUGGCGCUGCAGGCAGUGCUGCUGCUCGUGAUCGGCGGGCUCGGGUUUACGUCUUCGUCCAACGCGAGCUGGGCCAUCGGCACGUUGCUGCUGGUGUUUGUGUUUGCGUACGACAUAGGCGUCGGUCCCGUGACCUACUGCAUUGUGCCCGAGAUCCCGUCCUCGCAGAUGCGCACCAAGACCGUGGUGCUCGCGCGGAACUGCUACAACUUGAUGGGCAUCGUCAACUACAUCUGGACGCCGUACAUGCUGAACAGCGACGAGUGGAACUGGGGCGCCAAGACGGGGCUCUUCUGGGGCGCCAUCUGUGUCGUGAUGUUCGUGUGGGCGUACCUGGAUCUGCCCGAGACCAAGGGCCGGACCUUUGGCGAGAUCGACGAGCUGUUCGCGCAGAAAGUGCCCGCGCGCCGCUUCCGGUCCACCGAGGUCGACCCGUUCGACUCCGAGCGGCUCAUAGCGCAGUUGGACGCGGGCCAGCUCAACCGGAUUGCGGACAAAGACAUGGGCGGUCUCGACCCGAUCCUCGAGGACAGCGAGUAG